AUGGGUUUCAAAUUUGCUCUCUUGCUAUCUGCUCUACUGACGUGUACCUUGUCUGGAAGGCCAAGUUUAUCAAAAUUUCCUGGACAAUCAAAAUUCAAAAAUUUAUAUGGACCACUCGAUGCUAAUAUCAGAGUAGGAGACGCAGGUGAACCACUAAUAGUAACCGAAUAUUUAAAAGAAAACAAGAUUCAAGAAGCCCAAGCUGCCGCUGAAGUAGAUCCAACAUUAUUCGCAGGAAUAAAGAGUUACUCAGGUUAUUUUAAUAUUGACGAAGCCGCAGAUGCUAAUUUAUUCUUUUGGUUCUUCCCCUCUCGAUCUAACUAUGCAGAGGAUCCCGUUUUACUAUGGUUGCAAGGAGGUCCAGGUAGUACAUCUAUGUUUGGUUUAUUUCAAAUUAACGGACCAAUUGUACUGGUUGAAGAUAACGAGUUAGAAAUCAGAAAUCAAUCUUGGUUCGAAUCUAACUCGAUUCUCUAUAUCGACCAACCAGCUGGUACUGGCUUUAGUUUUACAAAUGGAGAAAUUGUUACAAAUCAAACACAAAUAGGUGCCGAACUAUAUAUUGCUUUGCAACAGUUUUUCCAGCUCUUUCCAGAAUUACAAUCUAAUGACUUCUUUAUUACCGGUGAAUCUUAUGCAGGUAAAUUUAUACCUGCUAUAAGUUACACGAUAUUAAAGAAUAAUCCAUAUGCUGAAUUAAAGAUUAAUCUCAAAGGAUUGGCUAUUGGAAAUGGUUGGAGUUCUCCCAUUCAUCAGUUGAGAUAUUCCGAUUAUUUUUUGCAACUUGGUUUGAUUGAUUCAAAUGUCAGAGAUGAAAUGUUGGACUUGGAGGAGAAAGCUAUCGUCGCAAUCAAUAAAGGAAACUUCACCGAGGCAAAUAUAUUCAUGGACGCCGUUAUAGGAGGCGGAAUUUCUAAAUUUACUACAGCUACAGACUAUUCAAACAUUUACAAUUACCUCAUUGAAGAAUAUGAUUCAAAACCUGACGUAUGGUUAGAAAAUUUCCUCCAAAGGGAAGACGUAAGAAGAGCAAUUCACGUUGGAAACACCCCAUUCAGUAACGGUAACGAUGUUUUCGAUAGUUUAAGAGACGAUAAUCCACAAUCUGUAGCUCCUUGGGUUGAAGAGCUUCUGGAAAACUACAGGGUACUACUUUUUAGCGGACAGUUAGAUUUGAUAGUUCCAUAUCCGUCUACCGUAGAUUAUAUAAAAAGUUUGAAUUUCUCAGGGGCUGUUGAUUACAAAAAAGCUUCACGAUCCACUUGGUUUGUCGGAAAUAGGAUAGCUGGAUAUUCUAAAAGUGCUGGUAAUCUAACGGAAAUUUUGGUGAGAAACGCUGGUCACAUGGUACCCGCAGAUCAACCGGAAUGGGGACUAGAUAUGAUUAAUCGAUUUGUAAAAAAUCAACCGUUUACAAAUUAA